UAGCAAAGCACGAGUCGACGAUUACGCUGCGAUACCGGCUGUAUCGUGCACGUACCGGACACACUGGACACACCAGAGACGUACCACAGCCGCCCGCCAUGCCUAACGCACCAGCGAUGCGCUGCCGACGGCACCCAAGGCCAUAAACCCCCUGCAGCCUAAGCAAAACCGCAGCGAUGCAGGACGAGUUCAAAGCCGCGGCGAGAAAGACGGCGAUAAGCGUCGCAGCAGCGGCGUGCUUCGGGUUAAUCCUAAAUUAUGCGAGAGGUUCUACCGCAGCCCUCGAGUUCGCGAGUGGCUACCUAGUAGAACAAUCCCUGAGUGUGGACAACCUAUUUGUGUUCAUCAUGCUCUUCGACUACUUUCGGGUGCCGCGGGAGUUCCAGGGCCGCGUAUUAAACUGGGGCAUCCUCGGCGCGGUCGCGAUGCGGGGCGUGAUGAUCAUCGCGGGCGUGGCUGCCGUACAAAAGUUCAGGUGGAUGACGUUGUUAUUUGCCGGUAUUUUAUUUUUAUCCGCGAUCAAGUUGCUCUUGGAGGGCGACGACGACGACGAAGAUGAGAUCAAUGACAGACUAGUGAUGCGGAUCGCGCGACGAGUGGUGGGUGCGACGGCCGAGUAUGAUGGAGACCGGUUUUUUACCACACAACAUAAAGAUGGGAAGAGUAUGAGAGCGGCGACGCCGUUAUUGCUAUGUCUGGUCUGCGUCGAGCUGAGUGACGUCGUCUUCGCGGUGGACUCCAUACCCGCCGUGCUCGGGAUUAGUACGGAUCCGUUGGUGGUCUACUCGUCGAACAUCUUCGCGAUUAUUGGGUUGCGAGCAUUGUACACACUCGUAGCUCGCGCGGUGGACUCGCUCACAUACCUCAAGCACGCCGUCUGCGCCGUUUUAGUGUUCAUCGCGUUGAAGAUGAUCGGCGAGUACUUCGACUACCACCUGUCGACCGGCUUUUCGCUCUGUGUCGUCGGGUCUUUAUUGGCGCUCGGCGUCCUGGUCUCUUGUGUUAUUAGACCUAGGAAGAAGCGGAAGGACGACAAGGAUCUUGACGGGCUUCAUCAGUACCCGCACGGCUUCGAGCCGCCGUCUCCGUUAUUCCAGCGGGGGCACCGGAACGGCUACUCGGCGCGCGACGAUUUGUCGCGCGUGAUGGUGUAAUCCUUAUUGUGGUUUU